AUGGUUGGAACUAUGGUAAUAAUCAAAUAAACUUUGAUUCAAAGAAUUGAUAAAUAUAUGCCGAUGAAACUUCAUUGGGUAUUAAUAAGGGACUUCACAACUAUUAAAUCACAUAAAUUAAUAAGUUCAUACAAAGGUAAAAUAUUUAAAAGUUGUUCUAAUUUUAUUUAUUUUUGCUUUUAUUACAUUCUAUUUAUUUUAUGA